UAGCCGCCUAGUAGCGUAACUUCUGUUCCGUACCCGUUUCUGGGCCCCGCGCAGGACCAACUUGUGGGGUACCAAAAAAUAUUCAAUCAUGAGGAAGGUAGGGAAGCGGGCACCAAGAAUAGACUAGCCUUCCCCCGAGUCCAGAGACGACUGUGGUUGUUGCUGGUAAAGCUGAAGGCUUUCGAGCUUGGCGAGGAAGGAAGGUAGCUGAGGAUGGAGAAGUACGAGGUGGUGCGCGACAUCGGAUCUGGUAACUUUGGUGUGGCCAAGCUGAUGCGCCACAAGGACACCAAGGAGCUCGUCGCCAUGAAGCACAUCGAGCGAGGUCAACGGAUAGAUGAGAACGUGGCGAGGGAGAUCAUCAACCACCGGUCGCUUCGUCAUCCCAACAUCAUCCGCUUCAAGGAGGUUGUGUUGACGCCGACGCAUCUGGCGAUCGUGAUGGAGUACGCCGCAGGCGGCGAGCUCUUCGAGCGGAUCUGCGACGCCGGAAGAUUCAGCGAAGACGAGGCGAGAUAUUUCUUCCAGCAACUCAUCUGCGGUGUCAGCUACUGCCAUCUCAGGCAAAUUUGCCACCGGGAUCUGAAGCUGGAGAACACCCUGCUCGAUGGCAGCCCGGCGCCGCGCCUCAAGAUCUGCGAUUUCGGCUACUCCAAGUCGUCGCUGCUGCAUUCGAGGCCGAAAUCGACGGUGGGGACGCCCGCGUACAUCGCCCCGGAGGUUCUCUCCCCCCGUGAGUACGACGGAAAGCAAGCAGAUGUAUGGUCAUGUGGAGUAACUCUGUAUGUCAUGCUGGUGGGAGCCUACCCUUUUGAAGACCAAAACGAUCCCAAGAACAUCAGGAAGACCAUCAGAAGAAUAAUGUCGGUGCAGUACAAGAUACCAGACUAUGUUCACAUAUCACAAGACUGCAGGCAACUCAUCUCCCGCAUCUUCGACGCCAAUCCGAUGAGGAGGAUCAAAAUGAGGGAGAUAAGAACCCACCCUUGGUUCCUGAAGAAUCUCCCCAGGGAGCUCACAGAAGCAGCACAAGCAGUGUACUACAGGAGGGACAACAGCAUUCCCCCCUUCUCCACCCAGAGCAUCGAUGAGAUCAGGAAGAUAUUAACAGAAGCUAGGACACUUCCAAAGCCAUCUCGGUCGAUUUCAGGCUUUGGGUGGUCCGAGGCCGAUUCUGAAGAAGAGGAUAAUAAGGAAGAGAACCAAGAGGUGGAAGAAGAAGAAGAGGAUGACGAGUAUGAUAAGACAGUGAAGGCAGUCCAUGCUAGUGGAGAGUUCCACAUCAAUUGACAUGUAAGUAUGGAUCUCAUUGAUGUAAGAUACAAACCAUCUUGCCUACUCCUCUGCUGCUUGUGAUGGAUGACCCGUUUAUUUUACAAGUAUGUCUGUGUAGUAAUUCAAGAAUUUUAUGGAGUUAUUUUAAGAUUUGAAGCCAAGUAUUUCUUA